UUAGGAAAUGAAAUGAAAAUUGGAGAGCAUAGCACUCCCGGCCUUUUAAAUCAGAUAAAUUACAUGUGGAAGCUUAAAGGAUUGGGCUUAGACUUUAAUUCGCAGCUAGUGUACCAUAUUCAAAAACUAAGUACUUGUCAUGCAGAGACGAGGUUCGUGGAGUUGUCUGUGGGACGAGUAAAGGGUAGAAAGCGGUAUGGACUCUAUGGACAUGAGUUUUUUAGCUUCGAGGGCAUACCAUAUGGCAAGCCUCCGCUUGGCAAGCUGCGUUUCCAGCCCCCGAAGCCGGCCGAGCCUUGGCCUGGCAAGGAACUGGAUUGUCUGCAGGAGCGGGAAGUGCCGAUGCAAGUCGAUCGAGCGACAGGAUGUGCGAUAGGCAGUGAAGAUUGUUUGUAUUUAAAUGUUUACACUAAGCAUCUGGAUUGCACCGAAAAGCCCUUGCCCGUUUUGGUGUACAUCUAUGGUGGAGCCUUUCGUUCGGGCGGAGCCACGCGAGCUAAAUACGGGCCGGACUACCUGAUGCGAGAGGAUGUAGUGUUGGUGUUCUUCAAUUAUCGUGUCUGCGCCUUGGGAUUUUUAAGUUGCUGCAGCAAAGAGCUGUCCCUGUCUGGAAAUGUGGGCCUACAGGAUCAAUUGCUGGCUCUACGUUGGGUGCAACAGCACAUUUCUCAUUUCAAUGGCGAUCCGUUAAAUGUGACGCUCUUUGGCCAGAGUGCUGGUGCCGCUUCAGUGCAUUUUAUGAUGUGUGUGCCGCAGGCAAAAGGAUUAUUUAGUAAGGCCAUCAUGAUGUCUGGGUGUAUGCUGAAUCCCUGGGCUCAGGCGCACGAACAACAAAUGAAUUGUUGCCGUCUAGCGGUACGGUCGGGCUACGAGGGCCCUUUGACCGAGGCCUGUAUUUUAAAGCACUUGCUCUCUGUUCCCCCCGAGCGCCUUGUGCAGCAUAAUAUGUACAGUUUUUUUGAGAAUUGUUUUGGACUGUUGCAUCCCUUUGUGCCAGGUGUGGAUCAGUGCGAGACUUCCGAGGGCCUGUUGCGACGUCCAUAUAUAGAGCUGAUGCGUAAUGCCUGGUCCAGCCGGAUGCCUUUGCUUUUGGGAGGCACCUCGCUCGAGGGCCUAGUUAUGUAUCCGAUAUGCAAGCUAUACAAUGGCUUUCUGCUGGAUAUACUUCGAGAGAAGCCCACUAGGGUGCUGCCGUAUGAGCUGUACAGAAAAAUGUGCGUGGAGGAGCGUGAGUGUCGGGUGGCCGAUGUCCUCCGGUGCCAUUUCGGACCACGAAAUAUUAUCAAAAAUAAUGUGUGGCAAGUCUUAGAGAUGUUCGGCAUUAAGAUGUUUUGGCACGGCCUACAUCGUGUGGUGCGGUCGCGUUUGUGCCACGCCCAGGCACCCACUUAUGUCUAUCGUUUCGACUUCGAUUCUCCCACUUUCAAUUUUAUGCGCAUGAGGUUGUGUGGCAAUGACAUAAAGUGCGGCGUCUGUCAUGCCGAUGACUUGGGCUAUAUCUUUCACAAGCAGGGUGUGGAGAAGUUGUCGCCAGAUUCGCUCGAAUACGCCACAAUGCAACGAAUGGUGAGCAUUUUGACAACCUUCGCCCGCUCAGGCAAUCCCAACUGUGAGCAGACGGGACCGGAGGAGUGGCUUCCAGUUACACAAAAACGGCCAUAUUCGGUCAUGAAUAUCAACAGAGCGCUGGAGUUUAUCCGGCAGCCUGAGAGCACCUGUCUGGAGGUGUGGAAUAAUUUGUAUACAAAGGAUUUGUAUUAGCUGGCGUCCCAUUUCUUUGAAUACGAUAUAUGAGUGAUAUUUGUAGAAAAGGCUUAUUUAUUCAAUGUUGUACUACAAAUAAGCUGUUAUUAUUAAAUUUAAGCCAUUGUUACCUACUAAGUCAUUAGUAUAUACAAAAUUAACGUUCUUUGGUCGAAAUAGUUCAAAAUUAAAAGUGAUU